AUGGCUGCAGACAACGAUCGAGGAUUAUCCAUCACUAGCGGUGGUAUAGUGAACUCACACUCCGGAAGCACUGAGCCCAAACGCACAGCUGCAGCCGAAGAGGAUAUUUCGCAUAUCGAGCGUAUCCUCUCUUCAGAAAGCAACCAUGCAGAGGAGAACCUCAAGGGCCAAAUGGACCUGUCGCGUGUCGACAAGGAGGUCCAGCAAUAUGCCAGCAUGGGACAUAUUGAAAUCGACGAGGAGACCAACAAGAGACUCUUAAGGAAGAUUGAUCGUCGUGUUCUUACCUUUAUGGUUGCGACGUAUUUCUUGCAAGCUAUCGACAAGGGCACAUUGUCCUUUACUUCGAUCAUGCACAUUCGUGAGGAUACUCAUCUUGUUGGGCAACAAUACUCCUGGCUCACAACAUGUAUCUACAUCGCCGUGCUGAUUGUCGAAUACCCAUCCAACUGGAUCAUUCAGCGAGUACCGAUUGCAAAGUAUCUCGGUUUCAACAUCAUUUGCUGGGGUAUUGUUCUUGCAUGCCACGCUGCAUGCACUAACUUUGCAGGCUUGGUCACUGUUCGAACUCUCUUGGGUAUGUUUGAAGCGUGCUGUCAACCUUCGUUCCUCAUCCUGUCGGGAAUGUGGUAUAAGCGAGAGGAACAAACAGCCAGAGUUUCGUAUUGGUACAUGAUGAACGGUGGCCAGCAGAUUGUCGGCGGUCUCUUAGCCUACUGCUUCAGUCUGAUCGGAAACAACCACGCCAUCAAAUCCUGGCAAGCAAUCUUCCUAACAUACGGUUCCAUCUCCGUGCUAUUUGGCAUCGUCCUAACCAAGUUCAUGCCGGACUCGCCCAUGCGCGCCAAAUGCUUCACCGAAGAAGAGAAACAUCUCAUGGUCGAACGCGUGCGAAGCAAUCGCACAGGUCUGCAGAACCGGGUGUUCCGUGCCUACCAAGUCAAGGAAGCCCUACUCGACCCUCAGACAUGGGGUUAUUGCGCUAUUCAAGUCUUUACCACUUUGCCUACUAGUGGGUUGGGCUCGUUUGCCAAUAUCAUUAUUACCUCUUUGAACUUUACGGUCUUGCAGACUCAGCUUCUUGCUAUGGUGCUCGGCGCCUAUAUUAUUAUUGUGCUUUUGACGUCGACUUGGCUCGUUAAUCGAUACCAUCAGAAUCUUCUCGUCAUGGCUGCAUAUCUGAUUCCAUCAUUCGCCGGCACAAUUGUCCUAAUGACAGUCAUCAACCACAACAAAUCAACCCAAGUCGGCCUCCUGAUCAGCUACUAUCUCACACUCUCCUUCUGGUCCGCCCAAACCCUCACCCUAAGUAUGGUCUCCCGCAACAUCGCUGGUCAAACCAAAAAGGCCUCCGUCGUAGCGGCCACAUUCAUCGCCUGGGCGGCCGGUAAUGCCAUUGGCCCUCAGGUGUUUCUGACGCGCGAUGCGCCGCGAUACUUUAUUGCGUUUAGUGUGCAUUUGGUUUGUUAUUCGCUCAUGCUCAUGUCGAUUUUUGCUUUGAGAUGGUGGCUCAAACGUGAGAAUGCUAGGAAGGAUAAGUUGAAGGCGGAGGUUGGUGAUGACCCUAAUAUGGUCCACGCUUUUGAGGAUCGCACUGAUAGGGAGAAUAUCCACUUCCGCUACGUCUAUUAG